CAAAAGAAUUUCCCCACCAUCUCCAUAACGACCUUCCGACUCGAAUCCUGUUGUGUGUUCCAACCGCGUUCCGAAGACUUGACUCGGCGCCUUGAGCUUCAACGACCAUCCGAUCUUACCUUUCUCGUCGCAUAACCGAACACCUCUCCUCGUCCUCUCGCCAAUUAUCAAAGUUGUUCUGUUUGUCUCGCCACAAACUCUCCAAUGAGUUCCUCUACCGCCCCUCUCACGUAUUCCGAGCCCAAGUGCCGUAUCGAGCCCCGAGUACCUACUUUAAAGAAGAAAACAACAACCCCCUCCCUUCGCCAAUCCUAUCCAUCAUCCCCACAAACGUGUUCCCACAAGUGUGCUCUCUGUGCGUGUGUGUUGCGUGCUUGUACCGGCCAGCGUACCCGAAUCAUGGUACUGUUAACGCAGUUGAUUUGCAAGCAAAUCAUCGCGAUGGCGGUCGCGACAUCGUGGGAUACUUCUGCGAACGGACCACCACGCCAGCAUUGUCGGCGAGUUCUCACACUGCGGCGCUUCCAUUCGUUGUAUGCGACGAGCAUGACUGGACUUUGGCAGAUCUGUGCGCAUAACGACAGGGAGGACGUGGAUUGCGAGCGGUGAGUUUCAGGUUGGUGAAUGAGGUCUGCUUGCAC